AUGUGCUACAGUAGCUGCUCUAGUAGGUCAGCUACCUACUCCACUCAGCGCUCACUUUCGGAUUUAGUCUAGCUAGUUACGUUAGUUCCGUACUCCUCCGUUCUUUUUUCUGACCGACGUACGGACAUGACAUCGUAGCCCAAUCCAGACCGUGGUCCUCUCAGAGCCCACUUACCCAUAAAUUUUGGCCCAUUGGAAAACUCAGCGACCAUCAAGAAAACAUGAACAACGAAGUGCAAGGGCAGGGUGGCCAUGGCCACGGACGCUCGAUGCCAGAGCUGUUGGCUGAGCUUCUUUCUCAAAUCAACGUGCGUAUGCUCAUUUCCGACAACGAGAAACGACAAGCUCGGGCAAUCAAGACUGCAAUCGAGGCGUGCGACGACCUUGGGCCGCUCUCCGACAUGAUGUACACUCAGUUUGCGAUCAUGCACGGGAACGAUGUUGAACUGGCUGUGGGCAGGGCACAGCACCUACAAGUCUUUCGAGAGGAGUAUGGAGUACUUGACACUUUUCAGCAGGGCAUCGAAAGCUUCCAGGCAUUCUUGAAACAGCAACCUGGACACAUACUUUCCCUAAUUGAAAAUCCAAUAGAGCAUAACCAAGUGCUCCUGGUGGAUCAGGUCAAGUUUGAUGACUCUAUCUUGAGAGAUGAUGAAGAAUGGAAGACUUUUGUACGUCUCCAUUGGUACUUGGCUGCAGGCCUUGAACCAGGACCUCCACUGUAUGAGAAAAGGACACGCAACUGUUGUCGAAUGCGACGGUUUAGACCGGAAAUGUGGUUCUCUCGGUGCCAGCACGUACCAAAGAUUAUGGGAUGA